GGCGGCAGGAAAGCAAGUCGUCCUUUCAAACCGAGCCAGCCAGCGAGCUCCUGGAACCUUUCCUUCGGAACUGGGCUGCCGAUGGCAGGGAACUAACUGUUGGCUGCAGACAAACACCCCAGCGCUGCGCCAUCGGCUCAGCUCAGAGACCAGCUCCCUGUUGGUCCCAGCAGAAGAUAACCUGAACAGCCAAGAGCUGGAGAACGUCGGGAGCCAGGAAUCUCACCAGCCGACUGGGACUGAAUCCCCGCGCCGGGUAUAGCGAGAAAGCGAGGCACCCAGCGCGUGCCCGCAUGUCCCACCGAGACGAGAGAAAAGAAUGGAUCCCGCAGGGAAGAAACUGUGGCCAGAGUUUAAUCCUGAUAUCCGUGGAAACCCCGAGAGCGGAGCGGAGCCAGAUAAUGGCCGUAGCUGCAAGCUCAGGAAACGUGCUGCAUGUACAGUCGCAGUGAUCAUUGGACUUGUCAUUCUGAUUGCUGCUGUUUUUGCUCUGACAGUGCAGGUACUUAAAACACAGCCCCAAUUCAUGGCCUGGUGCCCAGACGGCUGGAUCGGAUACCAAGGGAAAUGCUACUAUUUCUCUGAGGCUGAAGAGAACUGGAACAACAGCCAGAGAUACUGCUCUGUACUCGGCGCUUCCUUGGCUGUGAUUGACAGCGAGCAGGACCUGGGUUUCAUGCUGCGAUACAAAGGCGUCUCCGAGCACUGGAUCGGCCUCUGGAGAGAGCAGGAGAGACAGCCCUGGAAAUGGGUGAAUGGCUCUGAUUUCAACAGCUCGUUUCCAAUAAGAGGAGGAGGGGACUGCGCAUACCUGAACGACGGGAGCGUCAGCGCUUCAAGGUGCAUCACCCAGAGAAACUGGGUCUGCAGCAAAGCCGAUGCGUAUACAGACCAGAAAAGUGCAACGCAGGGGAGUCAGGAGCUGAAAAGCUUUUGACAAAGGCUCACCAGGGGCUACUAGAGAAAUUGCCUCUCGCACAACUUGUCUACAGUCAACUUUAUGCACCAGGACUGAAGAGUAAAGGAGUCAAAUUUCCAAUGAUUUAGGUUAAUCCAUCUUCAGCGGGAUCUAGCCACCAGAGAGGAACGAGUCACCCAAUGGCAAAUGCAGUGUGACAAAUGCAAACAGGGUCCAGAGGAGGAACAUUUGGGGAUUACUCAUCCAUCUUCCUAGGUGCUAAUAUAACAGCAACCGCUCAGGAGAAGAAGCAGGGGUGAACUGCUGACCCCACUGAAAUCUAUGCACAUUUUCCCAUUCAAUUCAAUGAGGCCAGCAUCUCACUCAUGAGUGUCAUUGUAGAUGGCCCAACGCAGACCUCUGCUGAGCAUGUAGCACCUGACAACAAAGCAAACAAGAUGUUGGCAUCCAUAAAGAACGGGGUAGAUGAUAAUACAAAAAAUUAUAAAUAUAAAUCAAAGGGACACCCUGAUGUGGAAUACCGUAUGCAGUACGGGCCACCCAUCUCCAAAAGGAUGCUGCAGAACUAGAAGUGGUUCAGAGACUGGUGACAUGAAUGAUGAGAGAUCAGGAGGGACUUUUGUGUGCUGAGAUUGGAGCUGUUCUCAUCAGAGAAUAAGGGGACAUGAACAAGGGGAGAAAAAACAAAGAUUGGGACAGGGAAGGUAGAUUGGGGUGCUGCUAUUCAACCUGUCUCUUGAUACAAGAACACCACGGGCACUUGACAAAACUGAAAGUCAGCAAAUUUGAAACUGAUCAGAGGACCUGUGCUUUCUCACAAUGCACAAUUAGCUGCGGAACUCACUGCUACAAGAUGUCAUUGAAGCCAAGAGCUUGGCAGGAUUUUUUUAAAAAAGGACUGGGACAUUAGAUACUGUUGUUCAUACAAGAGAGGAAAUGGACUGGAGUUUGGGAAGGGAUCCAAACCUUCUUACUUCAGGGCAUGAACCACCAUCUAAGGGUGUGUCUACACUACAAAAUUAGGUCGAUUUUAUAGAAGUCGAUUUUUAGAAACCAAUUUUAUACAGUCGAUUGCGUAUGUCCACACUAAGCGCAUUAAGUCGGCAGAGUGCAU